AUGGCGACACAGCAGCAGCAAGUGCCCACAUUCAAACUGGUUCUUGUCGGCGACGGCGGUACCGGUAAGACGACCUUUGUCAAGCGUCACGUCACAGGUGAGUUCGAGAAGCGCUACCACGCUACCCAGGGUGUUGAGGUCUACCCGCUCGGCUUCCACACAAACUUUGGCGAGAUCAAGUUCGAGGUCUGGGAUACUGCUGGCCAGGAGAAGUUCGGCGGCCUACGCGACGGCUACUAUAUCAACGGUCAAUGCGGCAUCAUCAUGUUCGACGUCACCUCCCGCAUCACUUACAAGAACGUUCCCAACUGGCACCGCGAUCUCGUCCGCGUCUGCGAGAACAUCCCGGUUGUUUUGUGCGGCAACAAGGUCGACGUCAAGGAGCGCAAGGUCAAGGCCAAGUCCAUCACUUUCCACCGCAAGAAGAACCUCCAGUACUACGACAUCUCCGCCAAGUCGAACUACAACUUCGAGAAGCCCUUCUUGUGGCUCGCCCGCAAGCUCGCUGGUAACCCCAGCCUGGAGUUCGUUGCCUCCCCCGCUUUGGCUCCUCCCGAGGUCCAGAUCGACGCAGACCUUAUGAACAAGUACCAGCAGGAGAUGGAGCAGGCCGCUGCCUUGCCUCUGCCUGAUGAGGACGACGCUGACUUGUAA